AUGACCGCCCCACCCGCUCUGCUCGUCGCUCGCUCCGUCUCGUCGUCCGAUGUUUCUGGCGGGAACCUUCCCGAGGUCGCCUGGGAGCACGACGCGACCUCGGGUGCGGGCGACGGGCUAGGUCCAAGCGAUGGAUACUUUCUGAACGACCCCUCCAGCAGCUUCCGCAUGUGCAUCGACGGCAUGACCCUCUCCCGAUCCUCUGCGCUUCCGGCGCCGGCGCUUGUGACUGCGCAAGCUGACGUCAGCGCUCACCCGGGAGCCGCACGGCAAUUGGAAUAUCAGGGCGGCGGAGGCGGCGGCGGCGGGAACGGCGAUCUGUUUUACGACUGCGACGACGCGUGGAUGCGUGCGGAUAACACGUGGAUGCACCUUGAUGAUCACUCCGCGGCGCUUUCGCACUUUCUAGACGGGCUACCGACCGCUCCAAUUGACGCUUCUGAUCCCCCAAGCGUGCCGAUUCAACCAGGUCCCGGCUCGACGGAGCUCGUAACGAAUGCUGCGCCAUCUGCGGCGGAAACGGGCGCGUAUAUCCUCGUCGACGGUGCGGCCACGGCUGUCGACGGGCAGCGCUGCGCCGCAACUGUAGGCGGCUGCGAUUGGUUAAACGACAUUCUUCCUGAGUCCGGGUACGGCGGGCAGCCACAUCCGCCGGGAACUGAGCUGAAUCAGGAGCACGCAGUGGGAGUUCCGCCCACCACUGAUUCCAUGGACUUGCAACCUGCGCAUCAAGGGAAUGUGGAACCUGCACCUGGCAGCGCCAGUCCCCCGCCGGUCCUUUCCGCUGCACAUGGUGUCGCGGAGGAGAGCGCUUUCAACCCGGUUGACAUGCAGGUACAACCUGCCGGCGGUAACUAUGACACAAGCGCCUCCUUGCAAGCCGGUGGCAGUGCUCCCGUCUUUCCUACCGGCGCGUCGACUUCCCUUGACGUGACGGCUGGUUAUGCUGUUCCGAACCCUUCGCGCGGAGUGUGGUGGACGCCGCAGCCUGCCGCACCUGCCUCCGGCGCGGUCGCAUGUGAAGCGAACGAGGCUGUGCGCGCGGAAGAUUUCGCUUCUAAGAAGGCGGAAGGCGCAGCGGAGGUAGCGGCGGAGGUGCGCAGCCGGGGGGCUGCUGCUGGGACUGGGCCAGCAGCAGCGAGCGGGGGACAAUCAAGAACUGCCAUGGUUUCGUGCGGCGGAAACGCUAUAUCCGCUACUACUGCGGGGAGAGAUGGCGCUGUGCAGCGGACAGUGCUGUCCCAGUCGCAGCCACGGCCCGAAGCAUUGGCACAGCCACCUUCUCAAUUCCAAGUUCUGUCACAGGCGCAAACGCUGCAGGAGAGACAAACGAUUAAUGUCGCCCUUCCACCUGCUUCCACUCCCGCCGUUCCCGCCGUCGCUACUGCAGCCGUCCCCGUUUCACAACGUCCUGCGGCCCCCGUUCGUGUGUCUCCGCCGCCUGCUCCCGCAAGUCGGGCGUCACCUCCAACCGCUGCACCCCGCGCCGUUGCCGCUGCCGUUGCCCCAACCCCGACUGCCGCGCCUCCCGCGACGUGCCUCCCGCCAACUCCCGCCGCUAGCAGCGCUCCCGUCGGACCAGCCAGGGCGGCCAGCACAGCGGGCGGGGGAACCGAAGGUGAAGGGGUUGGCGAGGCGGAAGGAGGAGAAGAGGGCAGCUGGGAGGACGAAGAGCAGGAGCGGAGGCGGAAGCGGCUGAUGCGCAACAGGCAAUCGGCGCUGCAGUCGCGGCAACGGCGGAAGAGCUACGUGUCGGAGCUGGAGGGGAGGUGUGCGGCCCUACAGGCAACCAUAGGGCAGCUCCGACAGGUGGUGGCCGUGACCGCGUACGAGAAUGGCGCGUUAAGAGACGAGCUUGCUCGCCUGCACCAGAUGUGGGCUGCAGGAGCAAGCACCACCGCUGGACCCAUGGCAGGUGCCCUGGGUGUCGCCGGAGUUGCUGGUGUUGGGGCGACUGGUGGCACUUCCAGCGAAGAAAUGAGGGGGGAGUUAGAGGUGGAGGAGGGGAAGCGGGAGGGGGGCAGUGUGUCGGGAGGAGGUGUGCGUGCUGAUGGAGCAGAGCCUGCAGUGCUUGAAAGCGACUCCCUGCCGUCGGAGUCCCUGCUACGUCACCACCGUCAUCUCAGCCAGACCACGGCCUUCCUCCUCACCCUCUUCUUCCACUGGGCGCUCUUCCUCUGGGUGCUGCUGCCGCAGCAGCAGCUGCAGCACCUCCCCCCCUUGGCCUGCUCCGCUGGCCUCUCCCUCGCCUACCUCUCCCUCCUCUGUCUCGCCCGCUCGCUUCUGCACCGCCUGCCGCAGCACGUCCCGUGCAAACAGCAAGUGCGGCAGCGGCAGCGCAGGCGACAUUUCCUGGAGGGCAAGGCGCCAGCUGCUCUGUCUCUCCUGCUCCCAGCAGUGGGGGAAGCUCUGGUGCGUGUGCAUCGGCAGCAGCAGGAGACAGGCAGCCUCAGGCUAAGGCAGUCACAGGGGCAAAAGCAGCCAGGCAGAGACGCAAGGGGCGGGUGUGAGGAAGGUUGGAGCCGGAGGAAUUGGGCAGUUGUUGCCAAGAAAAGCAGGGGUGCAAGGAAUGGUGGAGUGUGGCCCUCUCGUGGAGGGUGA